GGAGGAGCUAUGAAAGGAUUAUUAUAGGACGUUUCCAACAGCAGAAUAUGGAUUUUGAUGAGCGGAUCUCCGGCUCUAAUAUGUAUUUACCGAGCUGCACUUACUACGUCUCCGGAGCAGACUUCUCGGGUCUCCCUCAUUAUUUAACCCAGAGCCAGUCCUCUUGCCCCAUGACAUACCCCUACCAGUCCUCUGCCCUGCCACAGGUCCCGUCCGUGAGAGAUGUGGCUUUCAGAGACUAUGGGAUUGAUACUUCCAGUAAAUGGCACCACAGCAGGGGGAGCCUGUCACACUGCUACCCUGAGGACAUCGUGCACAGAGACGGCUGGACGAACCCGAGCUCACGGGGGGCAGAGAUCCUGGUGAAAGGCAGCUCCAGCGCCAGCCACUCCAGCUCCUCCAGCAACCCGACUUCUGGCUUCUAUGGCAGCGUUGGCAGGAACGGCGUCCUGCCACAGGCGUUCGACCAGUUCUUCGACACUGCCUACGGGAGCGCAGAGAGCAGCACAACACCGACAGCACAAGCAGCAGACUCGGACAGACACGACGCCAAAACAAGUCCCGCUCCGGCUCCUCCGGGCUCGGACACUGCGGAGAGCUGCAGCCCCAAGUCGUCCUCCGGCCACUGCGAGGAGAAACAGAGCAGAAGCAGCAAUGGCCAGAGGACGCGCAAGAAGAGAUGUCCAUAUUCCAAGUAUCAGAUCCGGGAACUGGAGAGGGAAUUCUUUUUCAGCGUUUACAUCAACAAAGAGAAGCGCAUGCAGCUCUCACGGAUGCUCAAUCUGACUGAUCGCCAGGUCAAAAUCUGGUUUCAGAACAGGAGGAUGAAGGAGAAGAAACUGAACAGAGACCGUUUACAGUACUACACCACAACCCCCCUGCUAUAAACACUGAACAAAGACUGUCACUGACAUACAGCCCUUCACCCAUCAUCAAGACACAGCUACAUGUUACAUGACGAGUUUUUA